CUCACAUCCCCAGCACUUCCUCGAGCCGCGCCGGGGAGGAGGUAGCAGGAGCCGCUGCCGCAGCAGCAGCAGUUGCCGCCGCCGCUCGUGGUCGCGCAGUUCGUGCAGCCGCCGCCGGGCCCGCCGCCGCGCCAUGGCUGAUCAGCUGACUGAAGAACAGAUUGCUGAAUUCAAGGAAGCCUUUUCCCUAUUUGACAAAGAUGGUGAUGGUACUAUCACAACAAAAGAACUGGGAACUGUCAUGAGGUCUUUGGGUCAAAAUCCAACAGAAGCAGAAUUGCAGGAUAUGAUCAACGAGGUAGAUGCUGAUGGCAAUGGCACUAUCGACUUCCCUGAAUUUUUAACCAUGAUGGCCAGAAAAAUGAAGGACACAGACAGCGAGGAAGAAAUCCGUGAGGCAUUCCGAGUCUUUGACAAGGAUGGCAAUGGCUAUAUCAGUGCAGCAGAACUACGUCACGUUAUGACAAACUUAGGAGAAAAGCUAACAGAUGAAGAAGUAGAUGAAAUGAUCAGAGAAGCAGACAUUGAUGGGGAUGGGCAAGUCAACUAUGAAGAAUUCGUACAGAUGAUGACUGCAAAGUGAAGAGACCUCCUUUACACCUUUUUUCCUCUAGAAGAAUCAAAUUGAAUCUUUUACUUACCUCUUGCAAAAAAAUGUUCAUUUAUUCAUUCUGUUUCUGUAUAGCAAAACUGAAUGUCAAAAUACCUUCUGUCCACAAACUGCAUGUAAUGGUUGGUGGUCCUGUCCCCAAAAGAUAAAGUUAAACAUCAGUUUUACAAUAUAAAUAAUUGUACUACCUUGAAAAUUAAAAAAAAAAAAAGGAAGCACUUAGUGAACUCAAAAGUUCCAUUUGCUAAUGACUAUUACACUGUUUGGGCUGGCCAGUUUUUCAUGCAUGCAGCUUGACAAUUGAGCACAGUCAGACAUUUGUAUUAAAAGGAAAAAAAAAAACCAACCUAAAGGAUCCACUCUUUUGUUCAACAGUGGAUUCUAGUUCAAUUUGUAGUAUAAAUUGUCAUAGCUGGUUUACUUUAAAAUUGGUUUAUACCUCAGGAUGGUAUGCAGCAAAAUGGUUGAAGGAUGCAAAACUUAGAGAAAAUGCCCUAAAGGUUGAAUGGUUUUCCUGUACGUAGCAGUGUGCUCCAAAAAAUAUGAUGAUCUUAACUAUGGAUGGCAUGUCUGUGUUAAAAUACUGGUUUAACAUUGUCUGCAUUGCACUAUAGUGAAACGGGUGUCGGGCUGUUACCGUUCACAAAAUUUUUAAAAGAAACCUUCACCAAGGGAGCAUCUUUGGACUCUCAUAUUUUUAAAACCUUCUGUACCAUGACUUGGAGCUGGCGGAGUAGCCUGUGGACUUCAGCACAACUAUCAACAUCGCUGUUCAAGAUAUUACAAUUUAUGUCCAUUCCAAGUUGUAAAUGCUAGUCUUUUUUUCCAAUAAAAGACCAUUAACUUAAAGGUGGUGUUAAAUGCUUUGUAAAGCUAAAAUAUAUAUAUAAUUGAGAUAAUAAACCAAAAAAGCAGUAGGAGGGAAGUGUUUCUAUGAAUGACUUGCUGCUAAAUUAUAAUGCACAUGUAUGCAAUAAGUUAUCCCCUAUCUUUUCAAGAUGGCAAGAACUGACCUCCUGUAACCCAAGACCUUUGCUAUAAAUAAAUGAACUUGUGCUUGCCUUUCAUAUUACGACAAUGUUAAUUUAGUUGGUCUCAAAGUCGUGUAAUGCUGACUCGUCAACUAUCAGCACAGAAGUAACACCAUUUCACUAAAGUGGAGAGCUCUGACCAUGCAUGUCAAUACUGGGGAAACAUGUAUAGGUUGCUUAUGGUUUUUUUGACAGAUUAUAGAAACUAGUUGGAGAAUUUAAACAGCAUGAAUUUCAUAGAUACCUAUGAUUCUUAAAUAUGCCAAAAAUGCAUUUCUCUACCCACAGAAAGAAAAGGACAUUUCUUUUACAAUAUGUGGAAAAAAAAAAAAAAACAAAAACCAAACCCCAAACACUAAGCCUUUUUGGAAACUGGGGCUGUUAUAUCUUGACUAUCUUCUCAAACACUUGCAUGAAUUUUGUGGGGUGGAGAAGAGGACUAGGGUUAAUUUAAAAACCAUCUUGUUACUUCUGCUUUGCAUGCACUAGCAGUGCUUAGUCAUUCCAGGUCUCUGAGUUGGUGUUCUCUGAUCCUUCAGCUUCCCCAUGAAUGAGUGGCAAAGCAGCUAUGACCACUCUUCUUUGUUUGAAAGAAGAAUGUUUUUGUUUUUUUUUUAAUAGCAGAGCCUCCAUGUGGAAGGCUUUUGUGAUUGGGAGGGAGGGACUACAGCUUAAUUACUUGACUGUAAGUUUGUUUCCAAAUGUAACUGGAGUUGCAAACCUUAAUUGCCUUUGGUUUUGGAGAGUAUUGAUACUAUCUCUUGAGAGGGAUGCAAGUCUCCAUUCAUCCUGUCUAACUGAGGUGCCUGUGUUAAGAACUUGGUUGCUUGAAAUGCAGCUUUGCUCAGUGGGGGUCAAGAGACACCUCCAGAAGGCAAUUAAGACUAUCUGCCUUCAGCGAUUUUUUUUUUUUUUUUUAAUUAUUUUAUUUUAUUUUUUCCUGGGGGGGUGGGGGGAGGUCUGGGUGAUGAGGGACCCAGACACCUUAACCAAGUGCCUAAAAGUUAGAUGGGCUGAAUGUAGGCAAUUGUUUAGAUCUCUAGUUGUUGCAAAGGCUUUUUGCUAUGGCUGUGUAUGCUGUCCUAGCAAACUGGCCAUGAUGAUGGGAAUGUCUGACUACCAUUUGAAAGUAGUGUCUUGCAUGGCAGCUGCAAACUGCUACUUUGGUAGUGCUUGAGAAUGGCUGCACUGAUUCUGUAGACCAGCUUUUAAAGAGAAUGUACUCAAGAGACAGGCAAGGUAGGAGCAAUGGUUGCUGCUCUGAACUAAUUACUUCUGCCUGAGUGUGCAGAGAGAUCUUGUCUAGUAGGUAAAUGCUUCUUACCAUCUAUCUGUCAUUCACUCACGGUUGGUAGGGUAGUUCAUUUAAGAACAGCUGCUUUUAGUUUAUUCAGUGUGCUCUGUGCUUGCUAGCAAAGAGACCUCAUUCCUGCAAGAGGUUCUUGGCUUGAUUAGAAAUUGUCUGGCAGUGUGCAGUGUUGGUAUGCCCUGUAACUGAAUCUGCCUGGAGGUAUCUAAUUAUUAACUGACUUCAGUACCACAUCAACCUUGAGUAAAUGUAUCCUCUGUACAGGACUUUAGCUCUGUUCCCUUCUGCAUAGUGAAUAUCUAGAGAAAUGAAAUAGUGUCAUCAAGGACUUUUUUUUUUUUUUUAAUUUUUUUUUUUCUGUGAGUGUGUGUGUGUGUGGCUUUGGCUUUUUCCAAAUGUGAAAGUGUGGGCUGGAUACACUUGGUGCAUGGCUUAGAAACAUGGGACUGGAGAGAACUUCCUGGGUCAUCAGAUCCAGUCCCCUGCUAUUGCAGGCAACCGUGUCAUAUAAUCCUUUUAAUAAACUGAUCAAGCUUAA